AUGCUCUUCCUUCACCCGUGCGCUGUGUUGUAUGUUUUCCUCAAUGAGCCUUUCCUGAUCAAGCGAGCAACGCUUGCACCGUGCCCCAUUGUUAUCUUCUGCGCCUUCAAAGUCGUGUCCUUGAACCAAAAUACCCAACAGAUCAGCAGCUCAUACCUAAUCGACAUCGUUUGGAAUCAUCACUAUAUCGACUUGGCCUUUGCUCAAGCGACCAGAAUCAGCGGCACCAUGACUCAACCAUCCCGUUGUGACAGUCACCUUGGCCUGGUAUCAGUAAAGGGGUUCCUAUCUCGCGCACUCUUCGAAGCCAUGUGCUGCUAUCCCCAACUUCGAACCCGGCUGAUCAGCAUGCAAGACUGCAUGCUUCCGAUACUUGUGGAUCACCCCGAAUUGUUCCUCACUGUAUACAUGACCAGGCAAAAUUCGCCAAUGGAAGAUGACUGCGAGGGACCUGAGACCAAAAGUCCAGACAACACAUCAGGAUCCCCUUCGCGACGAUCAGGUAGACUGUUCGAACCCACACCGCAGAGAGCCGCACAAAGGGCCAGGCUCCUAAGCCCCUACCCCGAGACUCCGACCCAGACGCCUACGCUCUCGAAUGAUGUUCCCAUUGGAGCAGUGUCCUCGAAGAAAUUGAUCCAAGGCUUGCAGGCAGUGCAAGACAAGAUGAAGGACGGCGUUGUUGUGCAGUCCCGAUUUGGAACGCCUGUUGAAGGAGAGCCGGUCAGAGAGAGAAUGAGCAGAUCAGCAGCCCUCAAUAGGCAAUGGGAAGACAGCAGUCCAAGCCAAAGCGAAGAAGAUCCAGCCGAAGCAUUGAAGAAGAGAGUUUGCAGGGCGAAGGACCGAGUGAAGGACUGGAACGAUGGCGCAGGAGACGAGCCGGCCGACACGGAGAUGGAAGACCAACCUCCCAGCGAUCAUGAGCACGAAGAUCAAAGGUUCUCGGACUCAGAGGCCCGACGCCAUUCACAGUCUGACAAAGGGAAGGGACGCGAGAUUGUGGUCGGAGAAGAUGCAAGAAAAGCAGAAGAGGAAAAGCGAAGACGCGACUCGGCGUGGAAGUCGCGCCAAGGCAGUCUAGCCGAUCCUCCGGGCCCUGCGGGUUCCAAAGACAAUUGA